AUGGAGCUGCCCAAAAUCACAGCUGGCAAGAUGGACGAGGAAAUCCACCCACUCCCCCGGUUCACAGGAUGGUACAGGCCUCCGACUGAUGGAGAAUCCCCGCUCGAUCCAGAAUGGGGAGGAGAGGCAGGAGAUGGCUCCCCUGGCGAACAAACUCCAGGCAACACCGGCCAGUCGGAUAAUGACAAACGACAAGAAGGAGAUGCAUCCAACAUGCCUGAUCUUGUGUCGGGUAGUAAGCUCUGGGAGGUACCCAUAGCCCUCUUUGGAUCUUUCUCCAACCACACGACUAGCCUGGAAUGGGAGCCACAGUGUCAAUAUCCCCACCUGCAGGACGGCAUCAGAAUCACAGCCGACAUUCCCCCAAGACUGGAGGGCAGCUGGGUGUCAACAAGAUGUGAAGUUCGGCCUGGCCCUGAGUUCCUGACCCGUUCCUACACCUUCUACCCAAACCGCCUGUUCAAAGCCCUGCAACACUACUACACUGACAGUGGGUGCGAGGAGCCCGCAUACUCUCUGGUGGUCCGGGGCAAGCUCCGUCUGCGCCAGGCGUCCUGGAUCACCAGGGGUGCCACCAAGACCGAGCACCACCUCCACAAAGUGGGCAUUGUCAUCCACAGCCCAGGUGCAAUGCACCAGCUGGCCGCCCGUCUACCCUCCAUGUGUGUGGGCCUCACCUUGGGUGGCAUGGUGCCCGGGCGCCUGUACGAGCUGUACAACGCCCGGGCAGGGAGGGACUGUCUGGGUGCCUCGGGGUACUCAAUGAUGGAGUUGGGCUUGGUGAGAGUGGAGACCCAGCAUCAGCCCCAUGGAGGUCUGGUUCAGGAGCUCUUCCUUGGGGACGUGCACACAGACUGGACCCAGAGGACAUACUAUCGACCAAUGGGCUACCAGCAGCCACUGCAGAAUGCUAUGCACCACAUCCACCCCUGCCCAGCGUGCGCCUUGCUGUUCCGGGCCUCAGAACAGCGCCCCCCCGUGUUACCCCAUGUCCCUGCAGCAACGCCUCUGUCCUUGGACGGCCGAUGGGUGAGCCAACGCUGCGAAGCCCGGCCCGCCGUCCUCUUCCUCACCCGAGACUUCACCUUCCGCCCAGAUGAACAUUCCUGGGAAGGCCUCUACCGCCACUACUCGGAACCCACUUGCAGCCAGCCCACCUUCACCCUGCGGGCUUCGGGCCACUACGCCCAGGGAGGCCCCUCAGCCAAAGUGGCGGGAGGGACUGAGUUCGUCUUCAAGGUAACCCGGGUCAGAGUCACCGUUCUGGAAGGGGCCACGGCCAGGGUGCUCAACGAGACCAGGCGGGGCAGCUGCGGGAAGGCGGGGGGGUGGGAGGUGGGAGUGGAGCAGGACGUGACCCCCACGGAUGGGUGUACCGUCCUGGGGAUCAAGCUGCCGCACAAGGAGUACGAGCUGUUCAAGACGGAGCUGGACCAUCGACGGCGCACUCUGCUGUUCAUCGGCGAGAGGCCGACGGAUGGCUCCAGCCCUGACCGGCCCCAGAAGAGGCCCACGUCUUACCAGGCCGCCCUGGUGCAUUGUAGCGAGGAAGACACCCCCACGUCGCAACGCCACACCAACCAGCUCAAGCUAGCAGCUAGUGGAACCAAUAACCUACCAUGGCUCCCUUGCUUUGUCCUAGUACUGGUCUCUUUACUGUGGGGUUGGUACUGUGUGUUCUAG